GUUAGAGGGUACUGUCUUUAGCAAAGGGGAUAAACAGUGUUUGGACAACGGUACGGAAACUUCUACGACAUGGGACGCGCUUUCGCCUCACUGGGAGAUCUCGCACAGCGUCAGCUGACAAGAACACCGUGUGCUACAUUUAAUUGCCCUGCUUAACUUACUGCAGCGGUAUAAAACAUCUCGUUUUUGUGGUGCCUGUUUCGCGGAAUAUUUCUGUUAACGUUUCUGUAUUGCGACCAUUAUCAGCCCAGGAAGCCAGUCUUGAAAUGCCAGAGCACAUGACUGUGGGAGCGGAGUAAAAGUUUUACACCUGACACCCUCCUCCCUCCGCGCUCCCACCGCCGGCAUGACCCUCGGCGCGGUGUCCGGAUCCGACAGCUCGUCGGCGGUCAGCUUCUGCUCCUGCUGCGGGGCCAAGAUGGUACCAUACUUCAGCGACGACGCGGUGGUGUCCAAAAAUCAGAUCAACCAGCUUAUCAGUGAGAGUUUCCUCACCGUGAAAGGUGCAGCCCUGUUCCUUCCCAGGGGAAAUAGCCCCACGCCUAACUCUACACCUCGUAUCAGCCAGCGCAGGAACAAGCACACAGGUGACCUCCAGAAACACCUUCAGACCAUGUUCACUGUGCUGCGGCCAGAGGACACCAUCCGAUUGGCCGUGCGUCUGGAGAGCGCCUACCCUCAGGUAACCCGCUACAUGGUGGUGGUCUCCACCAAUGGCAGACAGGACACGGAGGAGAGCAUCGUGCUUGGCAUGGACUUCGUCUCCUCUGAUAGCUGCUGUACGGUGGGUCUGGUUCUACCUCUGUGGAGUGAUGCUUUGAUCCACUUGGAUGGAGACGGUGGUUUUAGUGUGUCGACGGUGAGCAGGGUUCAUGUUUUCAAGCCUGUUUCUGUCCAGGCCAUGUGGUCAGCCCUUCAGUCGCUCCACAAAGCGUGCGAGGUGGCUCGCUGCCAUAACUACUACCCAGGCAGCCUGUUCCUGACCUGGGUCAGCUACUACCAGAGCAGGAUCUCAUCCAACCAGUUCUGUAUCAACGAGUGGAACGCCAUGCAGGACGUCGAGUCGCACCGUGCCAAUUCGCCCGUUCUCUUCACAGACCUGCCCACAGAGAGAGAGCGCACAGAAAGGCUGAUCAAGAUGCGCCUCAGAGAGAUCAUGAUGCAGAAAGACCUGGAGAACGUCACCUGUAAGGAGAUCCGAACAGAGCUGGAGAUGCAGAUGGUGUGUAACCUGAGGGAGUUUAAGGAGUUCAUAGACAACGAGAUGAUCGUCAUCCUUGGACAGAUGGACAGCCCCACUGAAAUCUUUGAACACGUCUAUCUGGGCUCUGAGUGGAAUGCCUCAAACCUGGAGGAGCUGCAGAACAGCGGAGUGCGCUACAUCCUGAACGUGACCAGGGAGAUUGACAACUUCUUUCCGGGGAUGUUUGAGUACCACAACAUCAGAGUUUACGAUGAAGAGGCCACCAACCUGCUGGAGUACUGGAACGAAACCUACAAGUUCAUCACCAAAGCCAAGAAAGCCGGUGCUAAGUGUCUGGUUCACUGUAAGAUGGGCGUGAGUCGCUCCGCCUCCACAGUGAUCGCCUACGCCAUGAAGGAGUACGGCUGGGACCUGGACACGGCCUUCGACUAUGUUAAAGAGAGACGAGCCGUCACCAAACCAAACCCUUCCUUCAUGAAACAGCUGGAGGAGUAUCAGGGAAUUCUGCUGGCCAGCAAACAAAGGCAUAAUAAGCUAUGGCGCUCACACUCUGAUAGUGACCUAUCAGAUCGCCCAGACUCAAUGUGUACAACCCCCUCUCACUCCCUGGGCCGCUCCGACUCACACAACAACAACACUUCCUCCCCCUCAUUACAUCACUUCCUGGGAGUGGCCGUGCUGCAAGCGCUCGGCGCAGAACCCGAAGACUCUGCCAAAUCAAACACCACACACACCUCUGACUCACACUCGGACUCCAACGGCGUGUGUGACUCACCAGGUCAGGAGGAGGUCGGAUCAGAUUGUGGAGACCCCUUCCUGCUUCCCCUCCCCAGACCCCGAGCAGCCACUUUAGUCCCAGAGGAAAGACUGGACAAUUCAGCGAGCGUGGCUGUCACUGUGCCUGUUGCUCUGCCCCACCCUCCGCCGUCACUCCACAUCUUGCCUCCGACUCCUGAACUCCAGCGCGCUCACCGGGGUCCUCUAACGCACCUGUCCAUUUCAGUGCCCAAACACAAACCAGUGGAACUGUCCCUCAGUUUGCCCGAGAGAAGCAGCUCAGAGGACGUCUCUCCCCUCACUCUGGGAUCCGCUGACUCGGACAUAAUAGACCAAUCAUUAUCAGAUUCAACGAGUGACAAACACAGCCCCCUCAGCCCCGCCAGCCUCACUCUCCUCCCCCUGGUUCUUCCCCUCCCUCCCAGCGAUGACAACAACAACCCCAGCGAGCUACAGAUAGGCAUCGCCUUGGACAGCCGCGGCGAUGCCGACGGGUCGUCCGACCACAGCUCGGACAGCAUCAACUUCUUCAGCGCCAGGGAAAAGUUUCUGGGCCUGGCACAAGACGGCAGAUCCCGGACGCUUUCCGAGCAGGCGCAACAGAAGACGCCCCCGUCACCCGAGGAAGGCGGAGAAGCUGAGCCGAAGGACGAGGAGGAGCAGGGAAGUGGGGCGAGUCAGGUGUCUCCACUGUCUGAAGACAGCGUUGACAAAGCCAUCCCUGACCGCACUCAUCACCCUCACCCUGACAACGGAGUAUCAGUCCGCCAUAUCGUCACCGAGAUUGAAGCCAUAUCCCACCCUGCCUCCUGCUUUCCUACUCCCUCCUCCUCCUCUUCGUCGCUCCCCCAAACCUCCCACAGCCCUCAGCUCACCCGACCAGAACAUCAGGUGGAGGCAGAGACUUCUGAAGUCGCGCACGGCACCUCAACCCCGCCUUCACACCCGCAGUCACCCUCCAUGCUGCCGUGCGAUUGGCCCGCAGGCUCGGUGCGGCGAGCCACCAAGCAGCUGGAGCAGAAGCUGAGGCAGGAAAUGGAGAUGGCAGCGUCUCAGCGAUCUCCGCUGCAUUCCCCCAGUGCUGAACACCCCCCUGUCCGACUGUCCCCGGGUCCCCUGGGCUCUGAACAUCCUCCCCUUCGCUUCCCUCAGAACUCUACAGAACAAAGGAUCACUCAGGGCGAGAUCACGGCUGUAUCUGCUAAGUCCAAAGACACAGAGAAGCACACAGGGUCACAAACAGAGCUUCAAAGACUCGACUCCUCAGGCACAGACAACCUCCCAGACCCUUCAUGCUCCCCUGACUCAAAUAUCAGCCAAGUCUCUGGUGCUAUACCUACCACUGAUAGCCAUAUGCUGACAUCAUCACUGGCCUCUACCAAUCAGUCAGAGAAAUCAUCUCUAGAUACCUCAGCCCAGGGCCAAAGACAAAACCAGGUCCACAGCCAAAACCAGCAGCGUCAGACCCUGCCCCAGGCCUGUUCAAACCAAAUGACUCUAGAUGGGGUGACAGUACAGGAGUCAGACACGGAUGAGAGGCUGGGGUCCAGUUCCCCGGGAGGGCGAGGGGGCUGUGGCCCUGACUGUGACGCCCAGAGCAGGCUGGCUCGUGGCAGCCAGGAGCUGGAGAGGAUUCAGCAGACUCUUCGAGAGCUGCAGGCUUUCCUCCAUGAGGGUGUCAGCCUGGAGACGACGGACAGCCAAGACCAGGACCUGGGGCAGCCUCAGGGCCUGAGAGACGUUAUGGACACAGAGCCAGGACCAUGUAAGAGGGCAAGUUCUGAACAGACCCCUCCAAGCCUGGAAGUAGGGCAGCGGCUCCGAGAGAGACAAGAGGGGAAGAGUUUCCUGGAAUCGGCAGGGUGGCACCGAGCCAUGGAGCUCGAGGCUCGUAUCCGCCAGGCGGGCCUCACCCCCCCGUCUCUCAUGAAGAGAUCGGCCUCCUUGGCUAAACUGGACUGUCUGGAGCUGUCAGCCAAUGACCUCAGUGACUUGGACCUGAGGCCGCACACCAGGACGACAUCAUCACACUCCCAGGACUCUUUCUCCACGUCCCUGUGUCACCCUGACGACGCCUGGAAGAAGCAGAAAGUGUUGGCUCGAAACACUUGUGUCGAAAAGACGGGCUUGUCCCACCGCGUCAGGGGUCCGGACGAGUCGUCCUCGUCACCGUCCCUCUGCUUAUCCUCUACCUCUCAUCGCUGUCCAAGAGAUGGCACAGGUGAGAGGGAGGAACCGGAUGGCGGCGGGAGCGGCGUAGCCGCUACAGCGCGUCAGCAGGGGAGGGGACACUCAUCGAGACGUUCUCGCAAAGCGUCUGCUGAGAAAAAGCAGCGAGCUGUCACUGUGCUAUACAAUACCAUGUAACCUCAGUACAAUGGACUGGAACGGACACGACUGGAGCUGCGCAGAUGUGUGUGAGAGCCUGCAUGAUGUGUAUGAAUGUGUAGCAAGUAAACUGUAGACCUUGUGUAACCUCUGAUGUAUGUAUAGCGUGUAAGAAUCGAAUGACGAUAUGGUGACAUACGUUUGCAUGAAAACCACUGGAUGUGUUGUUUCAACUGGAGUGCAGGUUUGUAUGUACAGUAAUGAAAUCUGAAUGUCCAAACUAAGACUUUUUUUAAGAAGCGUUUGUUUUCAGUGUUUGACCCUCGUUGCCUGUUCAGAGUUUCUAAAACUACGAGAGAGGCUUUUUCUCCAAACAUGCACUUUACUAUUUAGAUUAUUUUUCUUUUAUUUGAAAUCGGUUUCUUACCCCGGGGAGGAUUGUUUUGCACUGAUCUCAGUAGACUUGUCUGUGUAUGCGUGUUUUUGUGUUCAAACUGGACAGACUCGUCUUUAUUCAGAUUUUUAUUAAACCAGGACAAAGCUGAUAUCUUGUUUUUUUGUUUUUUUUAUUCAGUGCUUCGGCAGUAAAUAAAUAUGGUGAGUUUGUUUUG